UGUGUAGGUAUUAUUUUUUUUAUCAUUCGUAAAAGUUAAAAAAUGUCAAAAGUAAAAUCAAAAAGAAACAAAAACGUGAUCCCCGUGGAUGGUUUUAUGUUCAUAUUUGAUAAGCUUAGUGCUGACGAAACUAAACGGUUUUGGCGAUGUCGUCGUUAAGAUUUGUCUUGUCCGGCUCGAAUACAUACCAGUAUACAUGAUUUUAAAGUUUUAAAUUUUUCUGCUAAAAAACAUUGUCAUGAUUCUGAAGCGGCUAGAAUAGAAGCAGACACAGCUAUAACGAGUAUGCGUCAACGAGCUAUUUUAACAAUGGAACCUACGUCUUGUGUAAUUAAUGAAUGUGUUAACGGGCUAUCAGAUGCGGCAAAGGGCGUUUUACAAUCUUCCGAAGCUCUAAAACGACAAGUACGGCGUAUAAGAAAUAAUGAAAUAGCAGCUCCAUGUGAUCCAUCAGAUUUAUUAUCUUUACAGAUACCCGAUGAGUAUCAAAAUUAUUCACCAUCAAUCGGAGUUAAUGAACAUUUUUUAUUGGCUGAUAGUGGGCCUAGCAAUGAAAGAAUAUUAAUAUUUGGUCGACCACUUGGUCUCAAGUUAUUAAAAGAUUCGAAAAUAUGGUACAUGGAUGGAACUUUCAAAUUGGCACCCACUUUAUUUUGCCAAGUUUAUGUCAUUUUAGCUGAAUUUUUAGGGGGAGUGCAUCCUGCAGUUUAUGCAUUGCUACCUAACAAAAAGGAACAAACAUAUGUACAAUUAUUUAGUAUGAUUAAUCAAUUUACAACCUGAUCU